AAAGUCACCUGCCAGCAUUUGAAGGCGCAGUUGUUGUUGAAUAAUAAUAAAAGAUGGAAAAACCUGAUAUCUGUCAUACGUAAAUAUGCUAAGAAAUAUUUAUAUGCACUAAAUUGUAUCAGCCAUGGAUCAGUAAUCAGGGUGAAGGUAUGCAGUGGUCACCUGCAUUUUGUUGUGGACAUUACUGAGGUAAUUUUUUGGAAUUUGAUUUUAUAAAUUAUAAUUUUAAUUUUAAAUAAAUUCGUAUACAUAUAUGUAUACGAAUUUAAUUAACUAAUAUCAUUAGGGAGUUGGCAGUGGAAUAAAUGGGUAUGGAAUUUUUGUACCUUGUGUACAAGUCACGUGCAAACUUAAACUAUAUCGAUAAACGGAAAUUUCUAGUUCGAUAUGUACCCUAGAUUUACUGUGAUGUAUAUAAUUAUUAGUUUAAUUUUCUCAUUAAAAACUAAAAAAAUAUGCUAAUAUGGAAGAAUGAAAGCAAUUGCUACUAUUUUAUUGGAGUCAAUUGCCACCACACAUUUUCACAUUUUAUAAGGAUUUCCUGACCGGAUCUGAUUACAAUCUACUUUAAUCGCAAUUAUGAAAAUAAUAAAAAUGCAUUUACUAAGUAUUAGCUCUCAUCAGUGCGGUGAUAAUACAUCAGAAAAAAAGUGAGUAGCCAGCCAAGAAUAAUUUAUACAAAAUAAGGUUAAGGUUAAUCGAGUACAAGUAAGAAGACAAAGCCAACAAAGUUUUGUCUGACCAAGUGCUUGAGCAAUCACUGUUGCAACAGAUUAACGUUAGACGUGAGCAUGGCAGUUUUGGUGAGGAAUGGUUUCAAGAACUACGGAACCACUCCCAUUCUUCAAAAUGUCAACUUGACCGUUGAACCCGGUUCCAUUUAUGGACUUCUUGGAGCAAGUGGAACUGGAAAAACUACGCUGCUAUCAUGUAUCGUGUCGUUAAAAAAAUUGGACGCCGGGAACAUAACCGUAUUUGGGAGGUGUCCUGGACAGAAUCCAAGCCGAUUCGUGGGAUACAUGCCACAGGAGGUUUCAUUAGGCCAAUUUUUCACUAUUGCUGAAUGCCUUGCAUACUAUGGGAAAAUAUAUGGAAUGACUUCAAGAGAAAUUUCAGACCGGACAGAAUUUUUAGCAAAGUUUCUCCAGCUCCCGGAUACCUCUAAACUUGUGUCGACUUUGAGUGGUGGAGAAGGGCGUCGGGUAUCACUAUCUGUCGCCGUAAUUCAUUCCCCACGUCUGCUUGUACUUGACGAACCAACUGUGGGACUAGAUCCAGUUUUAAGACAAAAUAUUUGGGAGUAUAUGAAGCACAUAACGCAAUUAGUUAAAGGCGAAGAUAAAACAACCAUACUAAUUACAACUCACUAUAUCGACGAAGCAAAAUUUUGCGAUUCAGUCGGUAUUAUACGAAGAGGUCGUUUAAUAGCUGAACAGAAUCCGGAAAUGUUGAUGGAUUUUUGUAACUCGAAUUCCUUGGAAGACACUGUUCUCCGUCUGUGUAAGGAAGACGAAAUGAAGUACAAAGAUAAUAAAAUGGAAAAUAGAAGCCUCGAUGCAUCCUUGCAACCUAAAUCCCAAGAUUUUACUGACGUUAAGUUAUGUCGAGUUCCAUCGUCCAAUCCUACAACUGGAUGCGAUAAGGUCAAUGAUGACGAAUUAGCUCAUCACGAUGAACCAAUCCGACAAACGCUGAGGCAUAAUAUAAACAUCGUGGGCGCCCUGGCCAAAAAAAAAUUUCUUCUGCAAGCAAGAUAUCCAAUAGCAUUAAUUUCCAAUUUACUGCUUCCCGUCUUUCAAUCCGUGUUAUAUAAUGCAAUUGUCGGGACGCCACCGUUUGGACUUAAAAUGUCGUACGUUAGCAAUGACUGGAAUAUGCAGAGUGAAUAUUAUAGUACAAAUCAGACGUUACCUGAGUUCUGCUCCAACAUUUAUAAAUCUACUUCAAUAUCUGGGAACCCACAACCUUGCUUAACAAAUGAGAUGAGUGCUAUUUGCUCGUUUCUUAAUCAGUUUGACACAAAUGAUAUCCAAUGGAUACCAACUGCAUCGGUCGCAGAAUCUCUUAAUCUCGUCAGAAAUGGAGAUGUCAUUGGCUACUUGGAAUUUCCUUCAAACUUUACUCACCAUUUUAAGAACCGAGGGAUAUAUCGUAACUUUGCAGAUAAUGAAACCCUUGAUGGUUCAGCAUUAAAAGUGCGAAUGGAUUUAUCAGGGGCAUUGAGUGCGGCUUGGUUAAUUGACAAAAUUUUCAACAGCUACUUAGCUUAUGCCAAAGAGACUGUGACAAAUUGCGGAUUGGAUCCUGCUCAGGCAGAGCUGCCUUUGAAGUUUAACCCAAUAUAUGGAGAGCUGGGUGGACAGAGUAUACAAUUCAUGCAACCGGCCCUUAUAAUCACGGUCAUGUUUAUUCUGGCAAAUUUACCAAGUAUCGUUUGGGUUAUCGAGAAAAGACUUGGGAUCGUGGAUCGAGACGCUGUUGUCGGGAUCAAAUUUGGUCACAUAAUCGCAAGCUCCUUACUCUUUGACACGAUUAUUAUUUGUGGUCAAGUUGGAAUCUUAAUGUUUACAAUGUCAACAUUUUAUGACAUGAGAGUCGAAGGGUCUUGGGCACUGGCAGUGACUCUCUGUGUGAUCACGUCCCUCUCCGGACUCGCUUUUGGUUACUUAUGCGCCUCCUUCUGCUCCCACGAGAUGAGCCAAAUAAUGAUUCUCGUCUUUGUUAACUCACUCCUCAUAAUUUCAACAGGUGGAAUUUGGCCAUUGGAAGCUGUAGUAUCGUGGUACCGGAUUUUUUGUCUGAGCCUCCCCAUCACCAUCCCCAUCACGGCGUUUAGAGCCAUUAUAUCUCGAGGAUGGGGUCUUGAUCAUCCAUCCGUCAUUCAGGGAUUUGUCGUCGCAAUGGGUUGGAUCGUGAUUGGGUUUGGAAUCAGUAUUGGUAUCAAUAGGCGUAAAAAGUAAAAAAAAAAGUGCAAAGUUUCGGUUUAUGAGUAAUACACAUGCACAUAUGAACAAUACAAUGCACAAUUUUCUUGACAUGCAAUGGGUCAGUGACAGACACGGAUUGUCAGUGAGUGAGUGAGUCAGUCAGUCAUUCAGUGAGCCAGCCAAAGAACGGGGUCUCUCUGCAUUCAUAAAUUGAAUAUUUAUAAAUAAAGAAAUGAAAAUAUUUAUAAUGAACGCGUACUUAUUAUAUCCGUGUCCGCAAUAUAAAAUUAAAAAUUGCGAAAGAAAUAUAGUCAAAUAAAAAAUGCAUAGGCACUUGUGUUGCAA